GUUCCAGCCGGGUGCGUUUUAAUGCUAAUUCUGUACUAGCGACUGACACUUCAUUAAUAACUUAAUCGGUUUGUAUUUCUUGGAUGGAGUUUAAUGUAUCCAAAACCCUAGCCGGACUAGACGCCUUUUGUGGAGAUCGCUUCUGGGAUAACUCAUUAUGGCAAAAAAGUUACCCGACUUUAACCCGAUGUUUUCAACAUACGACCUUAGUAUGGAUCCCAUGUCUGUUUCUAUUCUGCAUUUCUCCGAUACUUACGGCUCAAAUAACAUACGGCAGAGGUUUGCCGCUUCCUUGGACCAGAAGGCUCAUAUUAAGAUUGGUAUUUUCUAUAUUUCUUGCUUGUGAUGCGUUAUUUCUGUUUGCGACUUCGUUUAUGAAGGCAGCUACUGUCCGAAUUCCCCAUGCUGUUGAAUUUGUUUAUCCUCUCAUGUUAUUUCUAGCCAUGGUUCUGCACACUCUUUUCAUAUACGGUUGUCGACGGUGCGGUAAAUUGACUUCCGGCGGUUUGUUCCUCUCUUGGUUGUUGUUCACGGUUUGCGGUUUUCCCGAAAUGGUUUAUUGGCUACAUGCGACCUGGAACUUGAAGGAUCAUCGUGAUGUAAUGUUUUCGCAGUAUCUUGCGCAUAUGGUUUGGUGGCCGACUUGUUUAGUCGAGUUGAUACUGCAUUGUUUCGCUGAUACUCCGCCUAUUUCAUCCAAAAUCUUCGAUAAAGACAAGGUCACCUCACCUGAAGUUACGUCGUCGUUCAUCAAUCGCAUGACGAUGUGGUGGUUUAAUGACAUCUGCCGAAUAGGGGUGGAAAAACCAUUGGAGCCCUCGGAUCUGUAUUCGUUGAAUGAUGGCGACUCUUCAGCUGUAUUAGUACCGAGAUGGACAAAAUUGUGGGAGAGAAAGAUGAGAGAAUACAAUCAGCGUUGCGCCCAGAUGGCUGCACAUAAUGCUGACAGACCUAGGAAUGGGCCUUUUCAGGCCGACACCACACCACUCUUGACAGAUGGUGGUGAUCAGGACAGUGUUUUUGAACACGAUGAUGUACCUACCCCAAACCUGACAUCGCGAGUGAGCCCACCAUCAAUCAUAUAUUGCUUGUUUCUGCUUUUUAAAUGGGAAAUAACUACUGCAAUGUUUACGAAGGCUAUCUCCGAUCUCUUGCAGUUUUGCAAUCCUCUGCUGCUCAGAUCUCUUAUUCGAUUUACGGAAAGUCCGGAAAGACCUCUUUGGGAGGGGAUUAUACUUGCUCUGACUAUGUUUGCUACCUCUGAACUAUCGUCUUUGAUGCAGUCGCAUUAUUAUUACCUCAUGUAUAGAGUGGGUACAAGAGUACAGACAUGCUUAACAGCAGCUGUUUACAGAAAGACUUUGAGGCUUUCUAAUGCAGCGCGACGGUCAAAGACUAUCUCACCUCAAACCAUGCAAUACUGGAGCAACCCCCUGCAGAUUGGCCUUGCAUUGUUCUUUCUGUGGCAUCAGAUUGGAAUCGCUGUACUCAGUGGAGUAGCUGUUAUGAUGAUGCUUUUCCCUAUCAAUUUUCUAAUCACUAUGCUUAUACGAAAAUGUCAAAUCCAACAGAUGUGGUACAAGGAUGAGCGCACGAAGAUGGUCAACGAAGUUUUGAACGGGAUCAAGGUGAUUAAACUGUACGCUUGGGAGAUACCCAUGGAGAAGGUCAUCAUUGAAUUACGUGAAAAAGAGCUGAGCCUUAUCCGCAGAGCUGCUUUGCUACGAACGCUUUCGGAUAUGUUCAACUCAGCUUCUCCAUUUUUGGUUGCUUUAUCCACCUUCAGUACUUUCAUCAUACUUGAUCAAAAAAAUGUUUUGACUCCUGAGAUCGCUUUUGUUUCUCUCACAUUGUUCAACCAGCUGCGAACUCCCAUGUCACAAGUGGCGGAAAUGAUUACUCAAACAGUGCAGAUUAUUGUAUCUAACCGGCGACUUACCGAGUUUCUGGUAUCGGAAGAACUGUCACCUAUGUGUGUCGAUAGUGCUGCUAGAGACAAUAAUGAAGUCAUCAAGAUCUCUGACUCAUCGUUGGCUUGGGAUAAGAAUGAACCGCAAGCAGCUCUCACCAAUCUCAAUUUCACUGUCAAGAAAGGGCAGCUUGUUACUGUAGUUGGACGUGUUGGUCACGGAAAGAGCUCUUUGUUGCAGGCAUUGUUGGGAGAGAUGGACAGGCUAGAAGGUUACAUUGGACUCACUGGCCGCGUGUCAUACGUUCCGCAACAACCUUGGAUGCAGAAUCAGACUAUACGAAGAAAUAUAACUUUUGGGAAAAAAUUCGAUGAGUACUUCUACAAUCGUGUGCUAGAUGCUUGUGCACUUUACCCAGAUCUCCAAAUGCUGCCGAUGGGCGACAUGACGGAAAUUGGUGAGAAGGGAAUCAACUUGUCGGGAGGACAGAAGGCGCGAAUAUCUUUAGCUCGUGCUGUGUAUCAAAACCACGAUGUUUACCUACUCGAUGACCCAAUGAGUGCUGUAGAUUCGCAUGUCGGGGCUCAGCUAUUUUCCUCAGUCAUCGGACCAGAGGGAAUGUUGAGAAACAAAACUAGAGUACUUGUAACGAACGAGUUAGCGUUUCUUAAACAUUCUGAUCUUGUUAUCGUUAUGAAGAAUGGAAUGGUUGAACAUGUGGGUUCCUACCAAGAGUUGAUGCAAUCCGGAGGUUUACAGCCUCUGUUGGAAGAAUGUGAAAGGGAGCAUGAACGAAGAAAAAAGCAGGAAGAGCAGGAUAGUGAUUCUGAAGAAGAAUAUGGCAUGUCCGACUAUGAUGACGUAGUCGGCGAAUCACCCAUCAUUGAUUCAAUCCUCGGUACCUCGUAUAUGUCCACCGUUUCUGGCAUUGUGCGCCGUAUCAGCACAUCAACCAUGAAGCAGCACCAUAAAAGGCAAAGACACCCUACUCUUCGUAGCAAUGUCAAUGUUCUGGCGCCCACAGAUGCAUGCAGACAGCUGACGGUAGCUGAGCAUGUCGAAACCGGCAGGAUCAAGUUUGACAUUUAUCUCAACUACUUUGGUGCUAUGGGAACUACUCUCGCAGUGCUUUUUGUUUUGGGUAUGAUCCUGACGACGAUCUUCUCUAUGGCAAGAAACAUGUGGUUGACUGACUGGUCUGACUACAAUACACGUGUCACGAAUAGCACUAUACGUCGCAGUACAAUUCGAAUGCGCCUUGGGAUCUACGCCGCACUGGGUUUCAGCGAAGUAUUUCUGCUUUUCAUUGGUAUCGUUUCGUUGCUUUUUGGUGGUGUGGCAGCUUCACGAAACCUUCACGCUCCGUUGCUUCAUUCAAUCUUUCGUGCGCCAAUGUCCUUUUUUGAUACAACUCCUUUUGGAAGGAUACUGAAUCGUAUUGGGAAGGACAUCGAAACUGUCGACAUACUUCUUCCACUCAAUGUCCAGUUCUUUAUGCACUGUGUGAUGCAAGUACUUUCCACGUUGGUGAUUGUUAUGAUUUCGACUCCUAUCUUUGGAAUAGCCGUCAUCCCACUCGCCUUCCUGUAUUCGUUGAUAAUGAGAUACUAUAUCGCAACUUCCCGACAGCUCAAAAGGCUGGAAUCUAUAUCUCGGUCGCCGAUUUACAGCCAUCUUGGCGAGAGCAUACAGGGAGCGUCUACCAUUCGCGCUUAUCGUCUCAUGGAGCGCUUUGCCAAGAUAUCUGAACAAAAAGUCGACGCACAUGUUCAGUGUCGUUACUUUGGUUAUGUCGCCAAUCGAUGGAUGUCUGUACGUUUGGAGUUACUGGGAAAUUGUGUUGUGCUAUUUGCUGCUUUAUUCGCUGCACUUACAAGAGCAACAACUACUUCCGGUGUUAUUGGUUUGUCUGUGUCCUACGCACUCAGCAUCACCACUGUCCUCAACCUAGCUGUGCGUCAAAUCAGCAAACUGGAGACAAACAUAGUUUCAGUAGAGCGUAUACGAGAGUACUCUAACACUGUAUCAGAGGCAGCCUGGGAAUCUGAAAUCGAUCAGCGUCCUCCAUCAGAAUGGCCAAGUAAAGGGAACAUUCGGAUAGAAAACUAUUCCUCUCGAUAUCGACCUGGGCUAGAUCUUGUCCUCAAAUCAUUGAAUGCAACUAUAGGGCCCCACGAGAAAGUUGGGAUUGUUGGAAGGACGGGAGCAGGAAAAUCGUCUGUCACGCUCGCGCUGUUCCGUAUGGUAGAACCAGCUGCCGGACGAAUAAUUAUAGAUGGCAUUGACAUUGCUCGAUUAGGACUUCAUGAUUUACGCAGCCAUCUGACGAUUAUCCCCCAGGAUCCAGUGCUUUUCUCCGGAACCCUGCGCUUUAAUUUGGAUCCGUUCCAAACACAUAGCGAUGACGAGAUCUGGCAUGCUUUGGAGUUGGCAAACCUCAAGCCUUUUGCGCAGUCGCAACCGUCGAAGCUAGACCAUGAAAUAACAGAAGGAGGAGAGAAUAUCAGUGUUGGACAAAGGCAGCUGGUAUGUCUAGCACGUGCUUUGUUGAGAAAAACCCGCGUCUUAAUCCUGGACGAAGCCACUGCUGCUGUCGAUAUGGGUACAGAUGCUCUUAUCCAACGCACUAUUCGUAGAGAAUUCUCACAAAGUACGGUUCUUACAAUAGCUCAUCGACUUAACACUAUCAUGGACUAUGACAGGAUCAUAGUACUGCAUGAUGGCCGAAUAUGCGAAUUCGAUAGCCCCUCUAGACUACUCAACAAUAGGAUGUCCGAGUUUUACUCGAUGGCCAAAAAAGCAGGAAUUGUACAGUAGCUGACCUUACCAUCGGAGAUCAAGAAAACAGGCGCGAAGACGAGCGGCGAAGGAGCAUUCCAAAACCUGUGUCGACAUACGGCUAACUCAUCUAUUUAUACGUAUCGCUGGGUUACCACUACCAUUAGCAGUUGGUCAGGAGGAUCGCAUAUAACGAUCUCAAUUGAAUUUGCAUAG